AUGUGCGGUUUGCAAAAGCCGAUCUGUGUUAUUCUUCUGGUGACCAACCGACCCGUUUGUUGGACGAGGAGGAUGAAGAUGCUUCAGUCGAUCAUCCGAAGAACUCAAGGUCCUACGGCAACAGUCGGAUCACUUGGAACAUACAUUCACCCUCUUCAUCAAUCAUCCACCUAG